AUGGACAACUCGAACUGGCAGCAGUCUCAGAACGCCGACCGCUACUCCGACCAGGGCACCGGCCAGGGCAGCACGUACGACAGCAUGCAGGGCGGCCAGCAACAGGGCGGCCAGCAGCCGCAACGUGGCAUGGGCGGCGGACAGGGCGCGUUCGGCUCGGGCGUCGCUGGCGGAUACGGCAGCAACAACUCGCAGGGCCAGCAGAACCAGCAGGGUCAGGGUCAGCAGGGCCAGGGUCAGCAGGGCGCCGAGAAGCAGGACUGGCUCGACAAGGGCAUCGAGGCGCUCGGGAACAAGGUUGGCCACAAUGUGAACGACAAGCAGGCGGACAGCGCUGGUGACUUUCUCAACAAGCAAUUCAACAAGUAUAGUGGCCGCAAUCUUCCUGGCGUGCAGUGA